CCGAAGUCGCCUUACCACCGCCGCCGACAUGAGCGCCUUCCCGUCCAUUAAGCUCACGUACUUCGCCGCCGCCGGGCGCGCCGAGGCGCCGCGCCUCAUCUUCUACAUGGGCGGCGUGCCCUUCCAGGACAACCGCGUCAGCUACGACCAGUUCAAGGCCACGAAGGACUCGCUGCCCCUGGGCCAGUUGCCCAUCCUCGAGGUGGACGGCGAGGUCUUCACCCAAUCGCACGCCAUCGCGCGCUACGCCGGCCGCCUGGGAGGACUCUACCCGGUCAGCGCGCCCUACCUCGCGCUCAAGAUCGACGAGGUGCUGCACGCCAUGGGCGAGGUCGAGGAGAAGAUGGGCCCGUCGUUCCGCGAGUCGGACACCGACAAGAAGAAGGCCAUGCGCGAGGAGCUGGCCACGACCACGCUGCCGCGCUACGCCGGACUCAUCGAGGCGCGCCUCGAGAAGAUGAAGCAGAUCCCGGCCUUCACGUCCGACGACGUGUACGUGCACGAGGUGGUGCUCUACACCUGGGUCAAGUCGUUGCGCGCCGGCUACAUUGACUUCAUCCCCACGAUCGUGCUCGACGGCUACAAGCUGCUGAACGAGGCGUACGAGAAGGUCGCCAACCACCCCAAGGUCAAGGAAUGGUACACGCUGCAGCACAACGCUCCCAAGCUCAAGCUCACCUACAUGCCCCAUCCCGGACGCGCCGAGCCCAUUCGUCUCGCCUUCUUCAUCGGAGGAGUUGAGUUCGAGGACGAACGCAUUACCCGCGAGGAGCUGGCAAACCGCAAGCCCUCGCUGCCGUUUAACCAGCUUCCGGUGCUCGAGGUGGACGGUGAUGUCAUUGCUCAGUCCCUGGCCAUCCUUCGCUACGCCGGAACGCUGUCGGGGCUGUACCCGGCUACCGACGCGGUCGCUGCGUACCGCAUUGACGAGAUCUUUGCGCUCCUUGACGAUAUGUUCAACUUCCCGCUCUGGGGCGCUUCGUUCCGCGAGAAGGACGCGGAGAAGCAGCUGGCCAUGCGCGGCGAGCUGGCCACUGGCAUGGUAGCCAAGACCCUGGGCUUCCUUGAGAACCGCAUCAUCAAGAACAAGGGCCCCUACGCGGCUGGCUCGACGCUCACCGUGGCCGAUCUUGCCAUCUACGGCGUGCUGCUCGGCUGGAAGACCGGUGUGCCAGGAUUCCCGACCACCAUCGCCGACUCGUACACGAACUUGCAGCGUGUGUUCAAGCAGGUGAAGAAGCACCCGAAGGUGGUGGAAUGGGACGCUGCCCACAACCAGUAA